AUGGCUGCAGUAGGCGAACCUGCCUCUACCAUCGAUGGCCCGGGUGGUCUAGGUGGCCCUAGAGAGAACGACCUCCCUCCGGUACCUCCAGCCGCUGGUCAAAACGGCGGCGACCUUGACGCUGCACACAAACAGAGCAUUCGACAAGUUCUUUCCUCCGAGAUCGGAAUAACCACCCUGCUCAACCGCCUGAAACAAAGCAUAAGUUCUACAAGAGAUUUCGCUGCUUUUCUCAAAGAACGAGCCAUCCUCGAAGAGAAGCACGCCAAUGGUCUGAAGCGCCUGGCUCAGAAUUCACACAAUUCGAUAACGAGGCCUGAGAGUCGACAGGGGUCAUUCGCACAAGGCUAUCAAGAGAUUGCGAGGUCACAUGAAAGGGUUGCGGAUCACGGCCUUACCUUCUCAACCACUCUCUAUUCAAUGACAGAUGAACUACACGAGCUGGCCACUAGCUCAGAGAAGGGUCGGAAGCAUUGGAAACAAACGGGGUUGAAUGCUGAGAAGCGCGUGCAGGAUGCUCAAUUCGCCAUGGAAAAGGCCAAGGCCAAGUACAACUCGCUGGCAGAACAAUAUGAUAGAGUAAGGACUGGUGAGCGAGCUGGUGGAAAAUUUGGCCUGAAGAAGUCCGCUGCUCAGGAAGAGGAAAAUCUGCACCGCAAACUGGAAGCUGCUGAUGGCGAUUAUUCCUUCAAAGUCCAAGCCGCUCAAACGGCUCAACAAGAGCUGCUGACUACCUUGAGACCACAGGCCGUCAAUGCUCUACAAGAGCUCAUCUUUGAAAUUGAUGCUGGCCUUGGUGUCCAUGUCCAGAAAUUCGCUGCUCAAAGUGAAAAGCUUCUGCUGGGAUAUGGGCUCAGUAUUACUCCAAUGAAGGGGCCCAACCCAUCAGGUGGUCCUCCAACCAAAAGUUUGCGAGAACUGGCCUCGAGCAUCAAUAACGACAGGGAUUUCGCCGAUUAUAUCUUGAGCGUUUCAAACAAGGCCUUACCAAGACCAAACGAGAUCAAAUAUGAGCAGCACCCAACGUUGGGACCCAAACAACAGACCCAAAAUCAGUAUACGCAGAACUACGACGACGAUUCUUAUUACCCCACAGCUCAUAAUAGGCAAGUUUCCAGUGUGACAUCGUAUCAGGAUUCCUCCUAUGAAGAUUCCGGCUACGGAUAUCCCGGGUCUGGUCCACAGUCACAGUAUCAGCAAGGGAAUCAGGGGUCACGAUCUACUCAGCCACCCCAAUCACAACAACCGCAACAGCGACAAGCUUCGGUGGACUAUCCAUCUGCGCCAUCAACCGCACCAAGCCAGCCGGGUUCUGGAGCACCACCACCAACCGAUGGGAGUACUUCUGAUAGAUUUGCUGGCCAGACCUCGGGUGUGAUAUCUUCUGUUGUCCCUGGCGGUGGUCCGACAUCGAUUCCCGGCCAAAAUGAUCAGACUGACCAGUCAUCAUAUGGUUCUUCUCUUGGACAGGCCAAUGCACCCACCGGUAGCGCGGGGCCGGCACCAGGUGCUGGAGCCAGACCUCCAGGUGCAAUGCGACAGCCUAGCAGUGAAUCACGACCCGGGGGUGCAGGACCAGCACCAGGCCCCGCUGGCAGAGGCACUGGACCACCUCCAGGAUCACAGAAUACAGGUGGUCCCGGUGCGGGACCUCGACCAACAGGGCCGCCACAAGGAGCUGGACGUGGUGCACCAGGGGCUGGAAGAGGGGCACCUCCAGGAGCCGGGAGAGGGACACCUUCGGGACCUGGAAGGGGAGCACCUCCUGGGGCCGGUAGAGGUGCAUCAGGCGGGCCACUAGGAGCUGGAAGAGGAGCACCGCCAGGCGCGGGUCGGGGAGGUCCUGGAUCUGGUCCUCCUUCUGGAGCAGGCGCUCGAUCAGCGGGCGCUGAGACUUCGGGUGCUGGGAGGGGAGCUCCAACAUCUAGACCAUCACAAGGCCCAUCACAGCCACCGCCUAAUGGGGCACCACGCUCACAAGGCGGUCCCGGCCCAGGACCCCAAAAUGUAGCUGCCAGACCACCCGGACCUGGUGCAGGUGGACCAGGCGCGGCGAGAGGAUCAUCCCCACCGAAAACUUCAUUACCACCUCUGAAGCCUGUCUUUGGAGUGUCCCUGGAUGAUCUCUUUCAACGAGAAGGUUCGGCAGUCCCGACCAUCGUCUAUCAGUGUAUACAAGCUGUUGAUUUGUAUGGACUUGACACUGAGGGUAUAUAUCGAACAUCGGGAUCCGCACAUCAUAUCAUGGAACUCAGACAACAGUUUGAUCAUGAUUCUGCACUUGUCGAUUUCCGCAAUGCAUCUACUUUUCAUGACGACAUCGCCUCGGUAACGACAUUACUGAAACACUUCUUACGGGAUUUGCCAGAGCCUUUACUGACCACCGAGUCAUAUCAUGGAUAUGUCCAAGCCGCCAAGCUCGAAGACGAGAUUGUACGACGAGAUUCCAUUCAUGCGCUUGUAAAUGCUUUACCAGACCCUAAUUACGCCACUCUUCGGGUUCUCGCCCUUCAUCUCCACCGUAUUGCACAGCGCAGUGACAGGAAUAAGAUGACAAUCAGUAACUUGGCCAUCGUCUUUGCACCAACAUUGAUGGGCCAACAAGGAACCACUAAUGGCCAAUCAAAUGGAAUGACGGCAGAUAUUGCGGAUGCUGGAUGGCAGGCAAAGGUGGUGGAAACAAUAUUGACUAAUACUCUCCAGAUUUUUGAUGAUGACGAAUGA